UCAAUGUCAAGUAACGUUCUCGGGAUUUCAACUGAAUUCGUUUGAUUUUAAAAUGUCCAUGUCCAAUUCAUUUACCACUUAUAGAAAACCUUCGGACGAGGUUAUAACAUCAGAUGAAGAUGAAGUCAUCGAGGAUUCUUUCUCAGCAAACAGUGUUCGGAACAGCCGCUCCCGGUACAAACAAAGAUCCGAGAAUUCAACCAUUUUAAAUAGCUCGACGGAAAUUGUUGAAUCAAGUAAUUGUGAAAGCGAUGAUGAACCCAUUGGCAGAAUUAAAAAUUCCAAUAGAAAAGCUCGUGUGCUCACAGAUUCAGAGAGUAACAUUAGUGAAAAUGACGAGAGCCCAAAGCAAUCAAAACGUAAUUCAAGCAGUAUGUCAAAACUUGCUUUAUCAGAAGAUUCAGAAGGAAAUCUCACUGAGGAAGACGACGAGUUUGAGAGAAGAGCAUUGUCGCCUAGAACCAGAAUGAGCAUUACUGGCUUUCGGCCUCGCGAUAUUUCUGAUGAUGAGAGUGAUUUUAUCGACGAUAGCUCAGAGGAAAAUAGUGUCUUGCAAAACGAGCCCAGUCAACCCCACGAAGAAAAAGUACCAGUCGAACAUUCAAAGGUUGAAAACUCGGAUCCAUUUUCAGAAGAAGAGGAUGAAUUGCAUAGCUUCGAUCCAGAAAAACCGCCUAAGGAGGGUUCUCCAUCGUUACUGUUAUCAAAUUCUCUCAAAGGAGCAAAUGAUUCAACUGAUGGGAAAUUCUAUCGAAAAGGUGUAAAUAGUAGAAGUUCAUUGGACGACAAAAGCGACUUACCCAAUCGAAUGAGCAUGAAUUUCAAUUCAUCUAUCGCUAGUAAAUUAUCAUCAACAGUAAUCAAUCCUCAUAUUGAUAAGAAAGCAAACGAAAGCAGUGGAAUAGUUUGCUUGAACAGUCCAUCUGUUGAGUCGCCAGUUACGCUGCUACCACUCAAAGGGGAAACUAUAGAAAUCAGCAGUUCAUCAGAAACUUCGCUUGGAUCCACUUCAACACCUACCAGAGGAAAUUCCAAGAAUUUAAUUCAGCCAAAAAUCAAAAGUUUGUUGCAAAGAGCAAAUAACUCGGCAGUUGAAGGUGCCGCCCCUAUAAAAUAUGUGUCUCGCGAAUAUUACGAUACCCAACUGAAAAAGUUAAGUGAGUUGAAAACGGAAUGGACAACUUGCGAAAAUCUGAUUAAUACAUUGGGUUCGAAGCUGCCUGAUAAAGGCAAACGAAUGUCAGGAAGGGGUGAACGUCUUAAGGCUGAAAUCGAAAAAUUAGCUUUAUAUAUUAGUACUUUGAAAGUAGACGAUAGUUUUGUGAAAGAAGAAAAGCCUCUUGUUAAGCCAGAAGUACCACCAAUGAAACUCAACGCUCCAUCCUGGGAAGAAUUAACAAAUGCUGCGAACGCGAUACAGCCAACUCACACCGGAAAGGUUGGAAUGGCCAACUUUAUUGCGCAGAAAACAUUAACAAUUGAGAGACUAAAGGAUAUUCAUGGUUCUCUUGAAACUUGCCCAACUGAAAAUAUACUGGCGGACGAUCCAAAAUACUUAAACGUAACCUUAAUGAACCAUCAAAAACAUGCGCUGGCCUGGAUGUAUUGGCGAGAGAAGCAAAAACCGCCAGGAGGUAUACUAGCAGAUGAUAUGGGUCUAGGAAAAACUCUUACAAUGAUUUCCCUUGUCCUCGCAUCCAGUCAACGAGAGGAGGAGGAAUCAGAACAGUCUGAAGAAGAUUCUGAAAUCGAGGACGAAGAUUCUGCCAGCAAUUGGUCCAGGAAAGGAAAACGGGAAUAUUACUACGGUGGAACAUUGGUGGUGUGUCCGGCAAGUCUUAUACGACAGUGGGAAAAUGAAGUUUCCAAUCGAGUUAAAAGGCAUAAAUUAACGGUAUGUGUUUAUCAUGGAAAUAAUCGGGAGGCGAAACCAAGAACGCUAGCCAAGUAUGACAUGGUAGUGACGACAUACAACCUUGUCAGUCGGGAAUAUAAGAACCGAAGUAACCUAUACGCUGUGAAAUGGGAACGGAUAAUACUUGACGAGGCGCAUCUUAUUCGAAAUCACAAAAGUCAAGCUUCGGAAGCAUCAUGCAAGUUGAAGGGGAAGAAGCGUUGGGCACUCACUGGAACGCCUAUUCAAAACAAAGAGAUGGAUCUGUACGCCCUACUAAAGUUUUUAAAAUGUUCACCGUUCGAUGAAUUGGCUCACUGGAAGAGAUGGAUCGAUAACAAAAGUGCAGGCGGUCAACAAAGAUUAAAUACUUUAAUGAAAUCCCUAAUGCUUCGACGUACAAAACAGCAGCUGCAGGAAUAUGGGAAUUUAGCAUUACCAGACAAAAAUAUUGAAUUAGUGGAAGUUGCCCUAGACAAGGAAGAAAUGGCUGUUUAUCAAAAAGUCAUGUUAUACUCUCGAUCACUAUUUGCACAAUUUCUCCAUCAGAGAGCCGAGAAGAAUCACGAUUUAAUACGCGGCGUGGAAGGUGAUAGGCCAACAUUCCUACAAACAAAACAACCAAAUGAAGCCUUUGUGAAAAUGCACCAAAGAUUUGUUCGUCUGGAUCGGAAAACUGAAGUAAAAUCACAUGAAAUCUUAGUGCUGCUUCUACGUCUUAGACAAAUUUGUUGCCAUCCAGGAUUAAUAGAUUCGAUGCUCGAAGAUGAAGAUAAUGUGUCGACACAUGAUGAGAGCAGUUUCGCAUAUCAUCAAGAAAUAGAUUUGUUGGAACAGCUUAACAAUUUGCAAAUUAAUGAUGGAAAUUCGAGUACGGGUCUGUCGGAAUCGUUAAAUGCAUCCAAAGAAAAGGCAAUAUCGAAGGCCUUAUCGAAAGCUCUGUGGAAAUCUAAUCCUGUUUUCAAUUUGACGAGGCUUAGUUCAAAGAUGCAAAAAGUCAUUGAUGUUUUUGAAAAAAAAAUCCUGAAUACUUCAGACAAGGCAUUGAUUGUCUCACAAUGGACAAGUGUAUUGGAGAUUCUAAAAGGUCAUUUAGCGCGUAAAGGUAUUGUAACGGUUUCCCUCAAUGGCUCCGUCCCGGUAAAAUACAGAAACGACAUUGUUAACGAUUUUAAUAAUCCAAAUAAUAACAAGAAGAUUAUGCUGCUUUCAUUAACUGCUGGAGGAGUUGGUUUGAAUUUAGUUGGAGCGAAUCACCUAUUCUUGAUAGACUUGCAUUGGAAUCCUCAACUGGAAGCACAGGCUCAGGAUAGAAUAUAUCGUGUUGGCCAGAAGAAAACAGUGUAUAUAUACAAGUUUAUGUGCAAAGAAACAGUAGAAGAGCGAAUCAAGAUGUUGCAAGACCACAAACUAGCUAUUGCUAGUGGUGUUCUAACAGGUGUGAAGUCAAGUGAAAGCAGCAAACUCAGCAUAGACGAUUUGAAGAGUCUCUUUGGACUUUAACUUUCCGAAUCUCCUUAUCUCCUUUGUAAUACAUAUUUAUAUCAGUCCUAGAUAAAUUUAUUUUCAUU